CUUGACUUUGCAUGCAUUGGUGACAUUUGAAGGAGUGUUAAACUGAACUUUGCCAAAUAAAUGCAUAGAUAUUUAGAUAUCAUAAUUAAAAAUAGAAUGAAUAUUGGUAAAACUUAAUUAUGUUUUAGUUGAGAAUGAGGACUGAAGAACCUUAUCAAAACUUAAUUUUAAAUGAAAGGAGAGUAUUUGUAGGGUAGACUGCAGAUCAACUUGUUUGGCUUCAAAUGCUCUUAAGACGUCGCUUCCUUAUAUCAAGGGAACUAAUCAAAAAUUUUUCUGGUUACUCCCUUAAUUUAGACUUUUUGCUAUUCUAAACGAUUCUAGGUCAUCAAAGGAUGGAGAAAUUAGAACAUCAGGAGAAAGAGAACGGUUGAU